AUGGGAAUAGUAGAAAAAGCUUCUGGUUCUUUAGACUCAGUCUCCUUUGAGGAUGUGGCUGUGAACUUCACGCUAGAGGAGUGGGCUUUGCUGGAUCCUUCACAGAAAAAACUCUACAGAGAUGUUAUGUGGGAAACCUUCAGGAACCUGCAGUCAAUAGGAAAAAAACAGAAAGACCAGAGCAUUGAAGAUCAGUACAAAAAACAGGGGAGAAAUCUCAGAAUUCAUGUGGUAGAGAAACUCUAUGAAAGUAAAGAAGGUAGUCAAUGUGAAGAAAGUUUCAGCCAGAUUCCAAAUCUCAGUCUGAACAAGAAAACUCAUACAGGAGUAAAGCCAUAUAAAUGCAGUGUGUGUGGAAAAGUCUUCAUUUGUAAUUCAUCCCUUAAUAGGCACAUUAGAUCUCAUAGCAGACACAAACCAUAUAAGUGUCAAGAAUAUGGAGAGAAGCCAUAUAAAUGUAAGGAAUGUGGGAAAGGCUUCAGUUAUCUGCAAUCUUUUAAAAAACAUAAAAGAACGCAUAGUGCAGAGAUAUCCUACAAAUGUGAGGACUGUGGAAAAGCCUUCAGUUGUAGAUAUUCUUUACAAAUACAUGGAAGAACUCAUAUUGGAGGGAAACCCUAUGAAUGUAAAAAAUGUGGAAAAGCAUUCAGACAUCAUCAAUCUGCUCAAGUACAUGAAAAAUCUCAUACUGGAGAGAAACCGUACAAAUGUAAAGAAUGUGGAAAAACCUUCAGUUAUCGCCAUAGUGUUCGAAAACAUGAAAGGAAUCACACUUCACAAAAAUAUUAUGAAUGUAAACAAUGUGGGAAAACCUACAUGUCCACUCUAGGUUUUCGAGCACAUGAAAGAACCCACACUGGAGAAAAACCCUAUGAAUGUAAAAAAUGUGGAAAAGCAUUCAUGUAUCACUACUCUGCUCAAAGACAUGAAAAAACUCACACUGGAGAGAAACCCUACAAAUGUAAGGAAUGUGGAAAAGCCUUCAGUUAUCACCAUACUGCUCAAAAACAUGAAAGGAAUCACACUGAUCAGAAACGCUAUGAAUGUGAACAAUGUGGAAAAAUUUACAUGACUCCUCUAGGCUUUCGUGCACAUGUAAGUACCCACACUGGAGAAAAACUCUAUGAGUGCAAAAAAUGUGGAAAAGUGUUCAAAUAUAGCCAGUCUAUGAAAACACAUGAAAGGACUCAUACUGGAGAUAAACCCUACAAAUGUAAGGAAUGUGGAGAAGCCUUCAGUUGUCGCUAUUAUGCUCAAAAACAUGAAAGGACUCACACUGCAGAGAAAGAGUAUGAAUGUAAAACAUGUGGGAAAACCUACAUUUCUCCUCUAGGUUUCCGAACACACGAAAGAACUCACACUGGAGAGAAACCCUAUAAGUGUAAGGAAUGCGGGAAAGCCUUCAUUCAUUCCAGUUAUAUUCACAUGCAUGAAAGAAUUCAUACUGGAGAGAAACCCUAUGAAUGUAGGGAAUGUAGAAAAUCCUUCAGCUUUCUUACAGCCUUUCAAGUACACAUGAGAAUGCAUAAUCAAAAUGAACCUUACAAAUGUCAGGAAUGUGGCAAAACCUUCCGUUGGCGUGCAUCCUUACAAAAACAUGCGAGGAGAGUGCACACUGAAUAA